CGGCUGUGGUCGUCGUGACCCGGCUAGGCCUGCUGAGGAGCGCCGUGAGGGGUUGGGGAGGCCCGGGCCCGUCCAGCCGCGUCUCCGGCCUCCCACGGGAGGCUGAAGCGAGGCGCCGCCCCAGGGUCUGUCAGGAUGGUCGAUUCGUACGCAGUCCUCUUCGAUAGCACAGCUGACCACUAACCAGCAGUGCUAUCUGCACAGCAGCCAAGUUUAGACUGCCAUUACUGGAGUCCUCCUCAUGUUUUAGCAUCGACAGUAGCAAUUGUAUAAUCCAGCUUCCAACGUAGUCAAGCAAGAGAGGCAAUGCUGUAAUUCCAAGACAGCAACAAACACGCUCAAGCAGCAGGAGGGCUGCCUGUGGUCCUCUGCUGGGAGACAAGUCUCUCACGUGGCCAUGUCUUUUAGCUGAACUACUAGUAUGGUUUCACUUUACUGUGGGACUUUUAGAAGAAGUUAUGCUAAUGUAAACCAGCUGCUUUCGUUGAACAAGAGUAUAGACUUCCGCAACAAAAAUAAUACAAAAAAGAAAGAUUUGGAACCCACAUAUGCUGGGAGACAGCAAAAGAAGGGGCAGCAAAUCUCUGAAACAAAAGUUGGCUCCACUACCCAGGCAGAAAUGGCACAAACCACCACAAUCUCCAUGGAUACUAAAGUAAUAGAGGAAAUAAGAACAACAAAAAAGGAGUUCAGAUAAAUUUUAAUAGAGACAAAAUGCUGAAGCUUGGCAGUCUUGCUAGAGCUAAAAGAAAACAGUAGAGCUCCAGGAAGAAGUGCAAACCCUAAUUUUCAAGAUUACUCCCCAAGAUUACCAGGAAUAUUGAUUGCUAAAUGUUGGUUUAAGAGCAGUUGUUUGGUGUGUUUUUCUGGAGGAAGUAGGAAGCAGACAAGCAAGAUGGAAAGCAGCUGAAAAAAAGACAGCAAGCAUACUUUAAGCCCCACAAAAGUGCAGCUAAAUUAUCAAGACCAUCUGAAAAAGGGUGUAAUAUAUUAAUAAAGUGUAACUGAUCUGAAGCGUGUGGGUUUUGAUCAAUGCUAAAAAUUAAAUCUUUGUCCUAUGACAAAUUAUAUGAGAAAAGAUAAUGAAUAUUAAGCAAUAUUUAAUUAGAAACUUCUGAAAAGUUGUUUGAGAAUACUACAUUAAAUAUCAAAGCAAAGUGUUGUGAAGCACCAGAAGCUUUUUCAGCUAAACUCGUGCUUAAGCUGGUAAGAAAAAAACCUCAACAGUAAAUGUGGGCAGCAGUUAGGAAACAGAGUUGAUAGCACAGAGUAAGUUACCAAUUAUCAAACUGUACGAUUAUGUACUGUUGCUAUAGUAAGGUUAAAAUUAUGUAUAUAAAAAAAAAGAUGUUCAAAAGACCACAAAAAGACUUUUUAAGGAAGUCAGGAGUAAAACAAAAAAGUCAAUUGCCAAGAUUUUUGAGCAGACAGAUUUAUAAAUACUGCCAGGAGACAAAAAAGGUUUUUUUCCAAGUACAUGCUGUCCUUGGAAGAAAGCAGGAUGGGACACUGAUCUCUCUGUGUCUGGUUUUUGACCCGACCAUUCCUGACUGAAGACGGCCCGAGGCCCCCUCACGGUACAUUGUUCCCCCCGGAUAACGACAAGGGCUUACAGACUAAGGCAGGCCGCGCACUUCAGCCAACGUUUCGGCCUGUCCCGUUCCCGCCGAGGCGCUUCCAGCCCCCCGCACCUAGGGGGGCAACCGGCACCUCAGAGCGCAGGCCGCGGGCGGCCUAGGGCCGCGGGGCCGGGCCGCGUCAGGCGGGCCCGGCAAAAUGAAACCACAUAAAACCGCCAAAAGACGGGGAGUGCCCACCGCACCCCUCCCCCGCCGGCAUCGGCCCUCCGAGCCAACCGCAGACGCGCCGCAGGCGGCCCGGCCAGCCGCGGAGGUGGGCCGCCACGCGGAAGUGCUGAAGCCGGCGGCGCUGCCCGGCGGAGGCGCGGGGGCCGGCCGGGGCCGCGCAUGGUGGUAACGCGGCGCAGGAUGCUGAAGCUGGCCCUGGGGCUGCUGGCGGCGGCCGCCGUGGCGCUGCUGCUGGAUUCGUACGCGCCUUCGGGAGCGCAGCCGCCCGUGGGCCAGCGCCGUCGCCGGGCCGCUCGGCCUGCCCCCGGUGCGAAGGCCGCCAACCUGCUGUGGGUAGUGCAGGUGUCAGACAUCCAUAUCAGUAGAUUUCGGGAUCCCAAACGAGCUCCAGACUUUGAAAAAUUCUGUUCUGAAACAAUUGAUAUAAUUCAGCCCGCACUUGUUCUGGCAACAGGUGACCUGACAGAUGCUAAGACAAGAGAUAAACUGGGAUCUGAGCAGGUAGAAGUAGAAUGGAAAACUUACCACUCAAUCCUGAAGAGAUCAAGGGUCAUGGAAAAAACCAAGUGGAUAGACAUCAAAGGGAAUCAUGAUUCCUUCAAUAUUCCACACCUGGAUAGCGUUUGGAAUUAUUACAGGAAAUACUCUUCCUGGCGUAAAGAUGGCUCUUUCCAUUACAUCCACACCACCUCUUUUGGGAACUAUUCAUUCAUCUGUGUGGAUGCCACACUCAGCCCAGGCCCUAAGAGACCCUAUAAUUUCUUCGGGAUUUUAAACAUGUUUGUUGAUAUGCUGUUCUUGAGAUACUCUUCCGAAGUGUUGGCAGAAAGUUACUGUGUUCUGAAUCAAAUGAAAGAGCUAUCUUUGAUGGCAACAGAAAGUCUGCACAGCAAUCACACUAUCUGGUUUGGCCAUUUUCCCACCUCAACAAUCAUCUCCUCAGCCCCAGGCAUACGAACAUUAAUGAGUUCUGCCACAGCCUAUUUAUGUGGACAUCUCCAUACACUGGGUGGGCUGAUGCCAGCCUUGCACAGUCAACACCGUGGCGGCACUCUGGAACUUGAAUUGGGAGACUGGAUGGAUAACAGGAGGUACCGGAUCCUUGCGUUUGAUCAUGACCUCUUUAGCUUCGCAGAUCUUAACUUCGAAGAAUGGCCUGUAGUUCUCAUCACCAAUCCCAAAUCCUUCCUUUACAGCAGUUCUGCUCAUGAGCCACUAGUCAAAAUUCUUCAUUCCACUCAUGUCAGAAUUCUGGCCUUCUCUCCUUCUGUCAUUAUCUCUGUCAAAGUCAAUAUAGACGGAGUUCACUUGGGGAACGCGCAUCAAGUGUCUGGCCCUCUCUAUGUACUGAAGUGGAGCCCACAAAACUACAGUGAAGGGUUCCAUCACAUAGAUGUGACUGUCCAGGAUGCUUCAGGAAGAAUUAGCACACGGAGCCAUAUAUUUGCUAUGGAAGAAAAUCUCUCUCGUAGAUUUGACUUUUGGCCAUCUGUUAUUCUUCUCAUUGACUACUAUGUUCUAGCUCGUGUGCUCUUUGGACUGAUUGUGCUGAUUCAGAUCACCUUGCUCGUUAUUUUCAGAUACCUCCAAAAGCCAGCGCUUAAAGAAAAGCCAGGAUUACUUACUCUGACCUCGUAUUCCCUUCAUGUCUUCAGUAAAACAAAUACCUUCUAUUACUCAAUUAUGUUUUUGAAUUUAUACACCAUUCUAGGACCGUGGUUUGUAGGUGAACUGAUAGAUGGCCAGGUGGGGGCCUGUUUUUCCUUUGGGCUGUUUGUUGGUGGUUCCUUCUUCCAGGGCAGUCUGACAUUUGUGGUUGGGAUUUUACAGCUGCUGUUUUUCAACCUGCCAUUAAUGGCCUACCUGUGCUGGUGCCUGUUGCUGCGAUGCCAGGGUUACAGCUUCCGUUCUCAUGUCCAUCACAUCCCACGCCUCGUGGCUGUGCUUGUCCACCUGGCAAUGGCACUCCUCCUGGCCUGGCAGGUCUAUUCCUGCUAUUUCCUGCAGCGAACCUACGGGACCUUGGCUUUCUUCCUCUCUCCGAUGAGAACGUGGCUGGUGGUGCUGACCGCAGCUCUGAUUUGGAAAACCUGGACACUGAAAUCAUCUGAGCUCAGAACUUACAUUCUAGAAAUGAAAAACUGUCAGAGCUCCUGAAGCAAAAUAUACGUAUUCAAAGUUUUUUGGCUUAAAAACUGUGAAGGCACAACCUAUAGUUUGUGAUGCUGGAAUUUUAUACAGCCCAACCUUUAGGUGGCAAGAUCUGAAGCUGCACUUGCAUUGCUACAGAGCUGUAUCAAAUAGUGAAUGUAUAACAAUCUGUGAUACAUACUUUUAUUGUAUUAUACAUAUACAACACACUGUAUAAUACAUGUUAUAUAAUACAGUUAUACAUUAAUACAGUAUACAGUAAACUGUAUAAUAAUCUCUUUAAUAGGGGGUUUUGUGAUAAGAAGACAGGUAUGUCCAAAUGGAUCACAAAUGGAAAUGUUUGCCUAUUACCACUGUGAAUGGAAAAAAUAUUUUUAAUUCAUUAAAUUAUUGACUUUUAUAAUGGUGGGGAAAAUGAGCACAGACUUUGAUAAUGAACUCCAGGAUUUGUGCUUAACUUUUCUUUUUAUUUCAAGAUUUACAUAUAUUUCUACAAGACUAGACCGGAUGCCUUUAUGAAUUAAUGGUUAUUGCAAAGGUGCUGUGGUGCCCUUCUCAGUGAGAGUCCGUACAGUAAGUGCUUGUACACUUUUUCACUUCGUAAUGCUAUAUAUGAGCAGUUUAUAGGCUAUUAGGUGCGUAUGUGUGUUCACGUGUAGCUGAGCCACGGCCUAUUGCUUUUGUCCUGGGAGUGCUGGCUAUUAACAUGCUCUCUUUCUGGGAGGAAGGAGUUAUGUUUUCCACUGCCCAGGUUGCCAGUUUUUCCACACUUCACCAGUGAAAGGACAGUGAAUGAUCAAUGUUGCUGGGAUUUCCAGCUGUAGUCAGAGGUCAGCUUUAAAGCAAAGAAUGGAAGCAACGUCCUUGGGACGGGAGAGGCCGAAGGAAUCAUGUAGUCUGAUACCUAUAAAGUCUGUAAGUGAGAGGGGUCAGAGCUGUAUUUCUGCAUCUCAGUCAAAUGUGCCAGAGUGACCUAGGAAAACUCAUUUCAGUUUUUCAAAGUCUAAAAAUGAUAGAAUAGUUACAUUUAUGAAGAAUGCAAUGAGCCAGAGAGAGCUGAGGUGCCUUUAUCUGUAAAGUAAGGAGAACACUGUCUUACUUCACUAGACUGCUGUGAGUGGAACAAAAGACUUGAGGUAAUUUUACAGUAACUUAUUUAUGGCUCCUCAAGAAAAAGGAUAUGGGAAAAUAAAUUGAAUUGGAAGAAAAUAUUAACUACAACUACGAUUUAUUUAUUUAUUCAUUCAUUCAUUUAUUUCUAAAAGGUGGCAGGUUUCCUGUUCCUUAAUUCCUGUUCCUCAAUGACUGAUGAUAUAAUAGGAAAAAGAGAGUAACAGCUCUCAUCUGCACAAGUUAAAUACACUGUUAAGAGAAUACUUUGCCGCUACAUGUUUGUCUUGCAAAGCUGUUAGAAAAUCAGGGGCAGGGCACAAAAUUCACUUGUGAGAAACACUACUGAAAUAUUAAUAACAAAACGGACAUUUCACAAGUUACUUUUAUAUGAUCAGGAGCAUAAGAAGUGGCAAUAAAAUAUAUCUAUACCCUGUGACAAGA